UAGUGAUGAUUCAGAUGAGCCCUCCCAGCCCUUCGCCCUCGCCGUUAGGGACACCAUCCCUAUCCCUGCUUCUGAAGCCUUUUCCCUCUCCUCCUCGACUGCACUCCCCACCUUCUGCCCACCUGGCUCCCUGUCCUUGUCCUCUCCAGCUUCUUCGCUCCCGCCUCCCGGACCACCUCCUCCACCCCCUCCACCUCUGCCGCGCACCCUCCCCUCUCCAGGUGCGCACCGCCACCGCGACGCGACGCCGUGCGCUUGCGCUGCGCACCCGCCGGUGCCGGGCGGGCAGAGUUGCAGGAGCGCUGCGCCGCCGGUGCGUUCUGCGCGGGAUCCGAGCUCCGGGCCGACGCCCGCACGGGGCAGGGACAGGUGGCUGCGCUGGUCCACAGGGCCGCCCUUCUGCCCGCGAUGGGCUGCUCCAGCAGCGCCCUCAACACGGCCGGCGACAGCAGCGGGCUCCGCAGAGAAGAAAGUGAGUCCUGCUUUGCCCAACCAAAACCACGGACACUGGGAAAAGAAUCCACUCUUUAUGGCAAGGUGGAAAAGGAAAGUCCAGCCCCCUUUGAGAAGCUCAAGAUUUCAGCAGUGUCUACAGCUAACGGUGUUAAAUCUGUCCAUGAACGGCCCAUGGCAAACAGUGCUGCAGAUCCACCAGCAUCCACAGAAGAGGCUCAGCCUCUAGACAGACCCGAGGAGUCGGGGCCACCCCAGCCAGGUGGCAAAGAUGAUACUCUGGGUAUGGGAGGAAAGAAGAAAGACAUGGGAGCAGUGACAGAGGCUCAGCCUUUACAAGGAAAUGCUAAGACUGAAUCUGGAGAAACAGACCUCAAGUACACCAAGCCUUUGAGGGCCACAGGAGAGAGGGGCUCUCCAGGAGCAGUGGAGGGUACUGAGAAUCCACAAACUUCCAGACAGAUGAAACUUUUAGGAACAUCUGAUAAAAUCCCUCCUCUGGAAGCAGCCAGAGAGCCACAACCUCAAGAAGCAAUGGGCAAAGGUGAACAGACCCAACUCCCAGAAACAGUUCCCAAGGAGAAGGAAUCUCCAGAAGUACUGGAAGGAAGUCAGUUUGUGGAAACAGCUGGAGAGCAGCAACUUCAAGAAACGUUGGGGAAAGAUGAGCAGUCCCAACCUCUAGAAACCAAUCCCAGAGAGAAUGAAACACCAGAAAUAUCAGAAGGAAUUCAGUUUGUGGGAACAGCUGGAGAGCGGCAACUUCAAGAAACGUUGGGAAAAGAUGAACAGUCCCAACCUCUAGAAACCAAUCCCAGAGAGAAUGAAACACCGGAAGUGUUGGAAGGAAGUCAGUUUGUGGGAAAAGCUGUAAACAGUGAGUUGCUCCAUAAAACUCCUGAAGGUCCCAGAAACAUGGAGCAGAGUCAACUUGAAGGAAUGAUAGCUGGAAGCAUGGAGCAUCCAGUGGGAAUUCUAGAAAUAGGAGCAAAUAUAGAAAUGGUCAAGAAAAUGCACACUAAUGAAGAGGACCAACACAUUGAAGGUGAGACAGGAGAAAAGGUUGAAACAGAGGCGAAGAACGAGAAAGGAAGUGUAGGGCCUGGAACAAAAGAAGAAGAAACAGGGGAAGCCGUGGGUCUUGCCGCAGCCACAUAGAUUGGCGUGAUCGUAGAAGGAUGAACGGACACAGUUGUGUUGUAACAGAGAAAAAAAUGGACUGAAGUGUGUGGGUAUAGAUCUUAUCUUUUAUCUUAUCUUUUAAUGUGUACGUAUUUUAUACAAAGAGUGUGGUUAUCAUGUUCUUGAUUAGGUUGUUCCAUAAAACUUCUAAGCCGUACACAGUUGUCUUAGGCACUUAGAACAGUAAUACAUUCAAGACUGCAGCAGCCAUUGCCCGUGACAAGUAGGGUGUACAAUUACUGGAGGGUGAGGGUGUUUUGUUCAUUGUGGUAAUAGGUUUAUUCUGUUUAGAAAAUGAGAUUCUAAAAAGAAGGUAUAAGCCUUAGUUGUAGGGGGUUGGAGAAAGGGGUUAGCACAUAUUAGGGAGCUCCUGAUGAUGAGGUUACACGGUUAUAAUUACGAUGGGAUGAGAAAGAACAACAGUGUCAGGGAAAACUAUACCUAGUGUUUCUUUCCUGUGGCAGAAUUUAAAGCUGGGAGGAGCCUUAGAAAGUGGGUCCCUCUAGUUACAUCUCACCUGAAGUCUGUCUACUGCAGCCGGCUCUCAUUUAUCAUGGUGUGUUCAAUGUGUUAACAAAAUCCUCACCAAAGGAACGCAUCUCUGGUGCUAUUGUAAGAUCAGGUAUUUCGACACCGAAAGGCUAUACAUUUUCCAUGUGCCAUUUUGAAUUUUGCACUUACGUGAAGGAUUUUAAUUGGUGUUAUCCUUUCGACUGACAUUAAAGGUAUUUUAAAUAAAUGGACUUUUAAAGGUAUUUCAGAAGCAAUGAACAAUAAGAAUUCAAACCUAGAUUAGAGGGGCACCGGGAUGGGUCCAGUCGGUUAAGCAUCCUUCUCUUGAUUUUGGCUCAGGUCAUGAUCUCAGGAUUGUGAAAUCCAG